GAAAUAACAUUGUUUUCCGCAGCACAAUGUCUCAUCAGAAAUUCCUUCUUUGACUCAUUAUAAAGACUAGCCAGAGUCAUUGAGGCAUUCACCAGAAUCACAAAGCAAGCAAAUUUCAAGGCUUACCUGAGACCUUCUCGUUGAAAUUGACGGCGACGGCGGCCGCCGGGAUCGCCACAGUACUAAUAGCCUCCCUACCUUCCAACUUUUUUGCCAAUACUUUGCUUUGGAUCUCUCUUCUGAUCUCCCUACUCCAUUAGUUACUUGGAAGGAGGAAGAAUGGCAGGUCUAUUCGACAAGCAGGCAGAGGUGUACCUGGAAGCUCGCCCAACAUAUCCUAAGGAAUGGUAUAUGAAACUGGCUGCUCUCACCCCCAAACAUUCUUUAGCCUGGGAUGUUGGAACCGGCAAUGGCCAAGCUGCUUGUAGUCUUUCAGAGCAUUACCAGCAAGUAGUGGGAAGCGACAUCAGUGAAGAACAAUUGAAGCAUGCCAUGCAACACCCUCGAGUUCGAUACAUUCAUACUCCAACAUCAAUCUCAGAGGAUGAAAUGAUCAACUUAAUAGCCGGUGGUCAUGAAAAUUCAGUGGACUUGAUUACAGUGGCGGAAGCCAUUCAUUGGUUUGAUCUCCCCCAAUUCUAUUCCCUUGUCAGACGCCUUCUGCGCAAAGCCGGAGGCGUCAUCGCAGUUUGGGGCUACAACAACACGGUUGUAAGCCUCGAUUUCGAUCUUUUGAUGAAGCCUUUACACAAAAAGAUGUUACCAUAUUAUGACCCGAAAACAAGCUACUUGUGGGAGGGUUACAGGACACUUCCAUUUCCAUUUGAGAGUGUUGGUUUAGGUCGUGAAGGAGAGCCUAUGGAACUUGACAUAAAAAGGGAGCAAUCAUUUCAGGGGCUUGUGAGGUUUAUGAGGUCUUGCUCUGCAGUCACUACGGCUAAAGACCAGGGUGUGGAUUUGUUGCCUGAAGAGGUGAUUGAAGAGUUGAAACAAGUUUGGGGUGGUCCUGAUCUGGUUAGAUCCGUCACGGUGAAGGCUUUUACUCUUGUUGGCAAACUUUGAGCUUUAUGUAAGCAUGUAACGUAGUAAUAAUGUUAUAUAUCUUUGUGGGAUGUAUAUGGGAUGGGAAUAAGUAAAUAUGUUCUCAUCCAAAUGUGUAAUGCAAAACUAGAACCGCAAGUAUAGUGUAUGUUUGAUCGUCCUAUUAUUAGAUAC